AUGCCGACCCCAGACGAUUCUCGUCAGGAAGGGUUUCUGGAUCCUUUUGCAGGGAUUCCUGCCACAGAGCAGUCUUCCUCCCCCAACCCAUGGCGCACCGACAUCUCCCCUAUACAGCCAUCGCCGUCAGCAGAUAUGGCUGCCACCCUAGAUACUAACCGGUUAACCGUCCAACAUGGUCCACCUCGCACGUCACACUCGUUAGAUGGCGAGACGCUACGUUCACGGGCAGAUUCAACCAUCUCAAACGCUGAUACCGCCGUCCGGUCAAGGGCUAACUCGGCCGCCACCACGGCCAUAUCCAGCAACAUGACAUACGACGAUGUGUCGGUGGCCGACGCCCUGAAUCCAGACGCCCGGAAUGAGAAGGACUUUCAAGUGGAAAACAACAAAUUUGCCUUCUCGCCCGGCCAGCUCAACAAGUUGCAGAACCCCAAGUCUCUCGCUGCCUUCCAGGCCCUCGGUGGUCUACGGGGUCUCGAACGCGGCCUGCGAACCGAUCUCACGUCGGGUCUAUCGAUAGACGAGUCCCACCUGGAAGGGUCGGUCAGUUUUGACGAAGCAACAUCGCUUGACAAGUCUUCUAUAAAGCAGCAACCUACCCAGACUCUUCAGCCGCCAACGGCGGAUGCCGAGUCUCAGUUCGUCGACCGACUGCGCGUCUUCAGUCAGAAUCGGCUGCCCGCUCGAAAGUCCACCAGCUUCCUGAAACUGCUAUGGAUGGCCUAUAAUGAUAAGAUCAUCAUCUUGCUGACCAUUGCCGCCAUCGUCUCACUCUCGCUGGGAAUCUACGAGACGACCAGCUCCGGCUCGGGCGUUGACUGGAUUGAAGGUGUUGCUAUCUGUGUGGCCAUCUUGAUCGUAACGGUUGUUACUGCCGCGAACGACUGGCAAAAGGAACGACAAUUUGCCAAACUCAACAAGCGAAACAAUGACCGCGAGGUUAAGGCUGUCCGCUCCGGCAAAGUGGCCAUGAUCUCGAUCUUUGAUAUCACCGUCGGAGAUGUUCUUCACCUGGAGCCCGGUGACUCCAUUCCUGCAGAUGGACUGCUCGUCUCGGGCCACGGCGUCAAAUGUGACGAGUCCUCUGCUACGGGAGAGUCAGACCAGAUGAAGAAGACCGAUGGCUACGAGGUCUUGCGGCAGAUCAACAACGGCGCAGCCACGAAGAAGCUCGACCCUUUCAUGAUCUCAGGAAGCAAAGUGCUCGAAGGUGUGGGGACCUACAUGGUCACCAGUGUUGGGCCCUAUUCGACUUAUGGACGCAUUCUGCUGUCGCUGCAAGAAUCCAAUGAUCCUACUCCGUUGCAGGUCAAGCUGGGGAGGCUUGCUAAUUGGAUUGGAUGGUUGGGAUCGAGUGCCGCAAUCAUUCUUUUCUUCGCCUUGUUGAUUAGAUUCCUUGUCAACCUCUCGCAUGAUCCCGCCAGUCCUGCCGUCAAAGGAAAGGAGUUUGUCGAUAUUCUGAUCGUCGCUGUCACCGUGAUUGUGGUUGCAAUUCCUGAGGGCCUUCCGCUUGCGGUAACUCUCGCUCUCGCCUUUGCCACCACACGAAUGGUCAAGGAAAACAACCUUGUCCGCGUGUUGCGUGCCUGCGAAACCAUGGGCAACGCAACCGUGAUCUGCUCGGACAAGACCGGCACUCUGACACAGAACAAGAUGACCGUCGUUGCGGGAACCUUGGGACCUCGGAGCUUCAGUUCCGGCACUGAAAACUCCAGUACUGGCACGGUGGCCGAGACGCUCAAACAGUGCUCGCCUAAGGCCCGUGAUCUGAUUGUCAAGAGCAUCGCCCUCAACUCCACCGCUUUCGAAGAGGACAAGAAUGGUACCCGGGAAUUCAUCGGCAGCAAGACCGAGGUGGCCCUGCUGCAACUAGCCAGUGAUUAUCUCGGCAUGGAUGUCACCGCCGAGCGGGCCUCGGCGGACAUCGUCCAGCUGAUCCCCUUUGACUCCGCCCGCAAGUGUAUGGGCGUCGUGUACCGGGAACCGACUGUGGGCUUUCGGCUUCUUGUGAAAGGAGCAGCGGAGAUCAUGGUCGGCGCUUGCUCCACCAAGGUGUCCGAGGUGGACGCAAAGGAUGGUGUCGCUGUUGACGGGUUCACCGCUGAAGACAGCCGGAAGAUGCUCGAUACCAUCGAGUCUUAUGCCGGCCAGUCUCUGCGGACUAUUGGACUUGUGUACCGGGACUUCCCAACCCUUCCUAGCUGGCCCCCUAAAGGGAUCCAUAUGGAAGAUGACCCGGACUCAGCGAAGUUCGAGGAAAUCUUUCGGGAUAUGACUUGGCUUGGGGUGGUCGGCAUCCAGGACCCCCUCCGACCCGAGGUGCCCGCGGCCAUCAACAAGUGCAACUCGGCCGGUGUGCAGGUGAAAAUGGUUACCGGUGACAAUAUGGCCACGGCCACAGCCAUCGCAUCGUCCUGCGGCAUCAAGACCGAGGACGGCAUUGCCAUGGAGGGUCCCAAAUUCCGACAGCUAUCGGACGAGGAGAUGAACGAGGUCAUUCCCCGACUUCAGGUCCUCGCUCGCUCCUCGCCCGAGGACAAACGCAUUCUGGUGGCGCAGCUCAAGAAACUAGGCGAAACCGUCGCGGUGACGGGUGAUGGGACCAACGACGGCCCAGCGCUGCGGACGGCCGACGUGGGUUUCUCCAUGGGCAUUGCCGGGACGGAGGUGGCCAAGGAGGCCAGUUCCAUCAUCCUGCUCGACGACAACUUCAAGUCGAUCGUCACGGCAAUUGCCUGGGGCCGAGCUGUCAACGACGCCGUGGCCAAAUUCCUCCAGUUCCAGAUCACCGUCAACAUCACCGCGGUGGUGCUGACCUUCGUCUCCUCCCUUUACAGCAGCGACAACCAGAGCGUUCUGAACGCGGUGCAGCUGCUGUGGGUAAACCUGAUCAUGGACACGUUCGCCGCGCUGGCGCUGGCCACCGAUGCGCCGACCGAGAAGAUCCUCAACCGCAAGCCGGUGCCCAAGAGCGCCUCGCUGUUCACCGUCAUCAUGUGGAAGAUGAUCCUAGGCCAGGCCAUCUACCAGCUCGCCAUCACCUUCAUGCUCUACUUCGCCGGCAACCAACUCCUCGGUGCCCACCUCAGCGAGAGCAACGGCCAGACGGAGCUCAACACGAUCGUGUUCAACACCUUCGUGUGGAUGCAGAUCUUCAACGAGUUCAACAACCGCCGACUCGACAACAACCUGAACAUCUUCGAGGGCAUGUUCCGCAACUACUGGUUCCUGGGCAUCAACUGCAUCAUGAUCGGCGGCCAGAUAAUGAUCGUCUACGUCGGCGGUGCUGCCUUCGGAGUCACCCAGCUCUCCGGCAUCCAAUGGGCCGUGUGCAUCAUCUGCGCUCUCGGCUGUCUGCCCUGGGCCGUGGUGCUGCGUCUGACCCCCGACCGACCCAUCGAACUCGCCCUCAACGCCAUCGUCCGCGCCGGCAAGAUCAUCCUGCACCCGGUCGUCGUGGCCCUGCGUGGAGUGGGUUCCAUGGGCAAGUCCGUCGCGCGGCCCGUGAAGCGAGUUUUCAAGAAACCGGCCCGGGAUGAUACCCCUGUGCCGUCGGACGAGGAAGCCGUCAUCUUGACGGAUAUGAAACAGCGACAAGCUACCCCGGAGGCGCCGAUGACGCCUGUCUCGGUGCCUCCUAUUACCAUUACGACUUCAUAG